AGCGGAAGUGCCGGAGUUGGCGCUGCCGCGCGCGGGGCAAGUUGGGCUCCGGCGGGGCGGGGGCGGCUCCGCGCCCCCUGCUCGCCUUCAUCCCCUGCUCCUCCUCCUCCUCUUCCUCCUCCUCCUCCUCGCCGCCGUCCUUCUCCCCGCGGCUCCCAUGCGGCGGAAGCAGAAGCGGCUGCUGCAGGCGGUGGGGCUGGCGCUGGCCGCCCUCGUCUUCUUGCCCAACGUGGGGCUCUGGUCCCUGUACCGAGAGCGGCAGCCGGACGGCGGCGGUGGGGCGGCUGCAGGGCAGGGGGCGGCGGUGGUGGAGGUGGGGGCUGGAGAAGAGGCGGCAUCAUACGUGAGGCAAAAGAAAGACCCUUACUUUGGUGAUGGACAAAGGAAAAAGGACUGGCAUAACAAAGAAGCCAUAAGGAGGGACUCAGAGCGUGUGGGAAAUGGAGAACAAGGAAAACCUUACCCAAUGACUGAUGCAGAGCGGGUCGACCAGGCAUACAGGGAAAAUGGCUUUAAUAUCUUUGUGAGUGAUAAAAUUUCUCUGAAUCGUUCUCUUCCAGACAUCAGGCAUCCAAACUGCAAGAAUAAACUGUACCUGGAGAAGCUUCCGAACACCAGUGUGAUCAUACCGUUCCACAACGAAGGAUGGUCCUCUCUCCUCCGCACGGUGCACAGCGUCCUGAACCGCUCCCCUCCCGAGCUGAUAGCAGAGAUAGUGCUGGUGGAUGACUUCAGUGAUAGAGAACACCUGAAGAAACGCCUGGAAGAUUAUAUGGCCCAGUUCCCAAACGUGAGAAUCCUCCGAACCAAAAAAAGAGAAGGGCUGAUAAGAACUCGGAUGCUGGGGGCCUCCAUGGCAAUAGGGGAUGUCAUCACCUUCUUGGAUUCCCAUUGCGAGGCCAACGUCAACUGGCUGCCGCCCCUGUUAGAUCGCAUUGCCCGAAACCGCAAGACUAUCGUUUGUCCAAUGAUCGAUGUUAUUGAUCAUGACCACUUUGGAUAUGAGACUCAGGCUGGAGACGCAAUGCGAGGUGCAUUUGACUGGGAGAUGUAUUACAAGAGGAUCCCUAUUCCUCCUGAGUUACAGAAACUCGAUCCCAGUGAUCCCUUUGAGUCUCCUGUAAUGGCUGGAGGACUGUUUGCAGUCGAUAGAAAGUGGUUCUGGGAGCUGGGAGGGUAUGAUGCAGGUCUGGAGAUAUGGGGAGGAGAGCAGUAUGAAAUAUCCUUUAAGGUAUGGAUGUGUGGGGGUCGUAUGGAGGACAUCCCUUGCUCUAGAGUUGGUCAUAUCUACAGAAAAUACGUUCCUUACAAGGUUCCAACGGGAGUCAGCCUGGCAAGAAACCUGAAGCGGGUGGCUGAGGUGUGGAUGGAUGAGUACGCAGAGUACAUCUACCAGCGCAGGCCUGAGUACCGGCACCUUUCUGCAGGGGACGUCACGGCUCAGAAGGAGCUCCGCAACAACCUCAACUGCAAGAGCUUCAAAUGGUUCAUGACCGAAGUGGCGUGGGACUUGCCCAAGUUUUACCCACCGGUGGAGCCUCCAGCAGCUGCGUGGGGAGAGAUUCGCAAUGUAGGAACAGGACUGUGUGUGGAUACUAAGCAUGGAGCCCUGGGAUCCCCACUGAGGCUGGAAAGCUGCGUGAAGGACAGAGGAGAGGCAGCGUGGAACAACGUGCAGGUAUUCACCUUCAGCUGGAGAGAAGACAUCCGUCCAGGGGACCCGCAGCAUACCAAGAAGUUUUGUUUUGAUGCCAUUUCCCACAGCAGCCCUGUGACCCUCUACGACUGCCACGGGAUGAAGGGGAACCAGCUCUGGAGAUACAGAAAAGACAAGACCCUCUACCAUCCAGUAAGCAGCAGCUGUAUGGACUGCAGUGAGAGCGAUCGAAAGAUCUUUAUGAACAGCUGCAACCCCUCAUCUCCAACACAGCAGUGGAUAUUUGAACAUACAAACUCAACCGUCUUGGAAAAAUUUAACAGAAACCUUGAUCUUUAAAAAGACUGACUGUAUAUAUAUACAUAUAUAUAUUUUACAAUUAUAGUUUUUACUGGGGAGGGUUACAAAAAAUUUUUUUAAGGAUACUUUUUUUUAACAGUUAAUGAAGGUAAAAGGGAGAAUCUCAGGAGAAGGUAAACUAGCAGGCCAGUCUUUAUUGUGAAGAUGCUGCAUCCUUCUCUUCUGGGCAUGGUGGAAUUCUAAAGGCUUUGCCAGAGCCAUUUCUGUGCUGAGACUGGAAUAGAAACUCUGUUUUUAGAGGAGUCUGAAUGUUGAUUCCAACUGCUUGUUUUUUUUUAUGUUUUAUUUCCCAUCUAGGUCUGGCAUUAAAUGAUUUUUUUUCUCCAGGACCCUCAAAGUACAGUACUUUAUGUAGCUGCUAUGCAACCUGCUGAAGCAUUCCCACUUAGGUGCUUCCAUCCA